AUGGCGGGACAAUACUCUCAACAACGCAACCCAGGCGUCAGACAUUCAAAUCCCAAACCACAACCGAAGAAGAAGGCUCCCCGAGUACCAGGCGAAAGUCGCUUUCGAAAUGAAGAUCUGUCCCACAACUUCAUCGGCAAAGCAUACGAGAACAUGCCGGCUAGAAUGUAUAGACACAACCUGACCGCAACUGAGACUUAUAAAACUAGCGGUGUGUGGUGGAGGACUGCUCGUCAAUUGGUGAGGCCUGAAACUCAUCCAGAGGAGAUUGUUGUGAAGAAACACGUCUCUAAGAGCUUGGCAUUGGGUGCUGCGCCUACGAAGAAAUCGAAGGGUCGAUGUGGGAGAUCAUUUCGGCAAGAUAAUCGAACUUCUGAGCGAGCUAUGAAUGCAUCUCCGUGUACUAAGGCAAGUGGAGAGCACGUUAGCGAUGAGGAUCGACGACAAGCCCAAGAUACACGGUUGAGACCCGAAGACAACUUGACUCCUUGUAAAUCGACAUCAGCACAAACCUGCGAACAACAGACAUCAGUACAAGAGGACAACGAUUGGGUUGAUAUAGAGAGCGAGAAUGAGCAGAAAUCCCCAAAUACGGAUCAGUCUGCAACGAACGAGGAUGGAUUUGUUCUAGUAUGAAGAGGAGAAACAAUAUUCUUGAAAGACUGUUCAUCAAAGCGAAGCUAAGAAGGCCCAAGGAAUAGGUCAAAAAACUUGAGUCGGAUCUUAAUCCAGCGAGCAUGAUGUCCAAAACUCCGAUCGAGAUUAACGGUCCAGAAACAGAAACAGAACUUCUGAGCAAUAUAAGGUACCUCUUGACAUAUUAUAGAGACCCUGUUGAGAAGAGGAUCUUACAUAUCCGCCUGGCGCCGGACAGUCACUCCAUCUUGGAUCCAAGAUGGAGGCAUAUGAUAGUCAAAUAAUCAGAUCCAGGGACUAUUUGAAGUUUGUUAUUCAGCGUGUUUGUUUCGAGAUGUAGG